CGUACAUGUCUUGUCUGCCAAGCAGUUCAUAACUCUCUCUCUCCUCACCAAAAUAAAAAAAAAUUAUAUUAAAAACCCAAACUUUAUUUUCUCCUGAAACCCUAAAUCCCCAUCUUCUUAUCUUUCUCCUCUGUAUCCAGAUCUUCAAUUCGCCAUUUCUCGUUUAAAUAUUAUGCGAAACCCAAUCUGGUCGUAUUGAUUUCUCAAUGACGAUGUUCUUCUCCAAGCUCGGUCGCUCCUCCAUCUCUCGAACAAGGGGGUUUUUGUACGGUGGUGGUGGUGGUGGUGUGAGAUCGGGGAGGCUGAUUGCUCCGCCGCCGACGUCGGUGAAUCAAGCGGAAGGUGGUGGAUUAGGGUUGUUGAGUCGGCACUUUGCUUCGUUAACUGGUAGAAAGGGGCUCGUCGAUAAUGAUUUGAUUGGUGUUUUCGCUAAUCCAAGACUUCGUCGGUUCUUCUCCGACGAAGCUCCCAAGAAGAAGAAUUAUGAGAACUACUUUCCGAAAGCUCCAAAGCAAGAACCAAAGAGUGAUCAGAAAUCUGAAUCUAAAGAGGGUUCAGACAAGAACGAAAACGAGAACCUGGGAGAUAUGUUUGCCAAUCGAUUCCAGAAUUUGCUAAUUCCACUUCUGGCUCUUGCUAUUUUCCUUUCUUCUUUCUCCUUUGGCUCUGGAGACCAGCAACAGAUUAGUUUCCAGGAGUUCAAAAACAAGCUUCUCGAGCCUGGUCUAGUCGACCACAUAGACGUCUCAAACAAAUCAGUAGCCAAAGUCUACGUGAGAAGCACACCGAGAGACCAACAAACAACAACACAAGACGUUGUUAUCCAAGGAAACGGCAACGCCCAAGGCAUCCCUGUCAAGAGAACCGGUGGCCAGUACAAGUACUACUUCAGCAUCGGUAGCGUCGACUCUUUCGAGGAGAAACUCGAAGAAGCUCAAGAAGCCUUAGGCAUCGAUCCUCACCAGUUCGUUCCCGUCACGUACACCACCGAAAUGGUCUGGUUCCAAGAGUUUCUCCGGUUCGCACCGACUCUACUCCUCUUGGGCACUCUCGUCUACGGAGCCAGGAGGAUGCAAGGCGGGUUAGGAGGUCUAGGAGGAACCGGAGGAAAGAACGGCCGUGGAAUCUUCAACAUAGGCAAAGCCACGAUAACGAGAGCUGACAAAAACUCCAAGAACAAGAUUUACUUCAAGGACGUGGCUGGAUGCGACGAGGCUAAACAAGAGAUCAUGGAGUUUGUGCAUUUCCUCAAAAACCCUAAAAAAUACGAAGACUUGGGUGCCAAGAUACCUAAAGGAGCUCUCUUAGUCGGUCCUCCCGGAACGGGAAAGACCCUUUUAGCCAAAGCUACAGCUGGAGAAUCAGGCGUGCCGUUUCUCUCCAUCUCCGGUUCAGACUUCAUGGAGAUGUUCGUCGGUGUUGGACCUUCCAGGGUGAGAAACCUGUUCCAAGAAGCUAGACAAGCUGCGCCGAGCAUCAUCUUUAUAGACGAGAUCGACGCCAUCGGUAGAGCGAGAGGACGUGGAGGGUUAGGCGGUAACGACGAGCGCGAGAGCACUUUGAACCAGCUUCUCGUCGAGAUGGAUGGAUUUGGAACAACAGCUGGAGUUGUGGUUCUCGCUGGGACCAACAGACCGGAUAUUCUUGAUAAAGCUUUGUUACGUCCCGGCCGGUUCGAUCGUCAGAUAACCAUUGAUAAACCGGAUAUCAAGGGGCGUGAUCAGAUAUUCCAGAUUUACUUGAAGAAGAUCAAACUCGACCACGAGCCUUCUUAUUACUCUCAGAGACUUGCUGCUCUCACUCCUGGUUUCGCCGGUGCUGACAUUGCUAAUGUCUGUAACGAAGCGGCUCUUAUUGCCGCUAGACACGAAGGAGCUACCGUCACAAUGGCACACUUUGAAUCUGCUAUUGAUCGUGUUAUCGGUGGUCUUGAGAAGAAGAACAGAGUGAUAAGUAAGCUGGAGCGUCGUACAGUUGCGUAUCAUGAAUCUGGUCACGCCGUUGCUGGUUGGUUCCUGGAACACGCGGAGCCAUUGCUGAAGGUGACCAUCGUGCCACGUGGAACAGCUGCGCUCGGUUUUGCUCAGUACGUUCCUAAUGAAAACCUUCUCAUGACCAAAGAACAGCUCUUUGACAUGACUUGCAUGACUCUAGGUGGCCGUGCAGCCGAGCAGGUAUUGAUAGGAAAGAUCUCAACGGGUGCACAAAACGAUCUAGAGAAAGUUACAAAGAUGACGUACGCGCAAGUAGCUGUCUACGGUUUCAGCGACAAGGUCGGACUCCUCUCGUUUCCGCCGAGGGAUGAUGGAUACGACUUCAACAAACCGUACAGCAACAAGACGGGCGCGAUCAUAGACGAGGAAGUGAGGGAAUGGGUGGGGAAAGCUUACGAGAAGACGGUGGAGCUGAUAGAGACGCACAAGGAGAAAGUGGCUGAGAUCGCCGAGCUUCUGCUGGAGAAGGAAGUGCUGCAUCAGGAUGAUCUUUUGAAAGUUUUGGGUGAGCGUCCGUUUAAACCGGCUGAGGUGACUAACUAUGACCGGUUCAAGUCCGGGUUUGAAGAGAGUGAGGAGUCCUCCACAACGACGCCUGUGGUGGAUGAAGGAGCUCCCCCGCCGCUUGAGCCUCAGGUGGUUCCUACGUAGAAGAGUGACUGAGAGAGGUUCACCUGUUACGAUUGUAAAUUUUUUAUUAAGAAUGCAAUAAAACACAACUAAAACAAACAAACAAACCAAAAGGUCUCUUGUUCUUCAAUGUUUGGUUAGUGAUGAAUAUUAUUUUUGUUAUGAAUUUAUUGCUUCUAUUAACAUUUUUUUUUCACU